GAUUGUGUGAGUGAGGACGCAAAUGUCUACGUUUUCUACUCUGAGGAGGCCCUCACUGUUAAUAACCCAACGCCUGCACCACUCUUCACAAACAUGCACACCAAUAAUCCAACCCAAUAAUAAUAAUAAUCAAAAGAAGAAGCUGGGUUGUUUGGGGAUUGUGGUUGGAAUUUUUGUGUGUUGUUCUUGUUCCUUCUUCAUUCCCAUCACUACCAACAACUCCAACUCCCCUUCAUCUAGUCAUGAUGAUGAUGCAAACACUUCAACUUUUUCUUCACAUUCUUUGUUUAGAAAACUCUCCCUUCCACAGAACAAACACAGCUUGCUCUUUGGAGAUUUGUACAGGAGGAAAGUUUUCUUCAACUAUGAGAAGCGCAUGCGUUUGCAUAGUCCUCCCGAGAAGGUAUUUGAAUACUUUGCAUCAUGCCGGAGUCCGGAAGGAGAGGUGCUGAUGGAGGCAGCAGACCUAAUGAGAGCUGUGGUUCCGGUGUUCCCGCCAUCGGAAUCGAAUCUUGUGAGGGAAGGAUACUUGAAAGGUGAAAGAAGAAGUCCAGGCCAUCUUCGUUGUUCCCCUUCUCUGUUUUUCAUGCUCUUUGAUGUCAACAAUGAUGGCCUUAUAUCUUUCAACGAGUAUAUCUUUUUGGUAACACUACUUAGCAUACCAGAAUCAAGUUUUUCUGCGGCAUUUAAAAUGUUUGACAUGGAUAAUGACGGGGAGAUUGAUAAGGAAGAAUUCAAGAAAGUGAUGGCAUUGAUGCGAUCUCAUAAUAAUUAUAGACAAGGUGCUCAUCACCAUAGGGAUGGAAUGAGAAAAGGCUCAAAGGUCAAUGAUGAUUAUGUAGAAAAUGGAGGUGUUUUGGAAUAUUUUUUUGGCAUAGAUGGAAAGGGACGCCUUAGCAUUCAUAGAUUCUUGCAAUUUAUGAGAGACUUGCAUCAUGAAAUACUAAGGCUGGAGUUUGAUCAUUAUGACUACAAAUCAAGAAAAACCAUAUCUGCCAAGGACUUUGCUCUCUCAAUAGUAGCAUCUGCUGAUCUGAGUCAUCUGGGUAGGUUGCUAGAUUUGGUUGAAGAAAUGAACAAUGAUCCAAGCUUUAAGGAUGUACACAUCACAUUUGAAGAGUUCAACAAUUUUGCAGAGCUAAGGAAAACAUUGCUUCCAUUUUCAUUGGCCAUUAUUGGUUUUGCAAAAGUGAAUGGCUUGUUAAGAAGAGAAGAUUUUCAGCGAGCUGCAUCACAUGUUUGUGGAUUAUCACUUUCUGAUAACGUGGUUAAGAUUGUUUACCAUUUGUUUGACACAAAUGGGGAUGGACACUUAAGUUCAGAUGAGUUUGUAAGAGUGCUACACAACAAAGAAAAUGAUAUCACUCAACCUAUGGAGACAGGGAUCUUGCGUUUCUUGUCUUGCUGUUGGAACUGUAAGCAUAGCUUCCCAUACUCGCGGUUGUUUUCUUAGGUUGAUACUAUUUCUCAGAUGGUAGAAACAGGAAUUUGUUUGGUUUCUUCUAUAUUUCUGUUUCAAGAACAAAAUUCA